UGCAUUCAUUGGUUUGCUUGCUUUUUGCAAAGUAUUACAAGUAGAAUUGUUCGUAAUUGUCGCUCACUCGAGUCGAGUAGAAGUGUCCUAGUAGAAAAACAAAGGAAGGAAGUUCUAGCACGAGCUAAAUUUCUAGCCCAGAAUACAGCGAAGUGAAGUGUUCUCGACAAACGAACUCAGCAGUCACAAACAGUUCGUGGUCUAACUCCAGCGAAAAGGAUAUCCUUCCGGCCAACGACAAAAAAAAACAAACGACGACUCGUUUCACAGAGUAGAGCCAUUAGACGUGACAAUUCCGCCGAACUGCAAUUUCGCCAGUGUGUUGAACAAACUACCCCAGUGAAAGGCGCGUGAAUACUUUGCAAAAGUUUUGUAACGGAAAGUAACCAGCAACUGACAGCUUCAAAAGCAGGCAGUAGUGAUUUGUUUUCCAAUUCCUACCGUCGGGUGAAUAAUAGAAUAAACGUGCAGUUUUGUUCGUUCGUAUCCCAGCCCAACCAGUUAGUUCUGUAAUGAUGGCCGUUGCUGCUGCCCAGAAGAACCGCGAAAUGUUCGCCAUCAAGAAGUCCUACAGCAUUGAGAAUGGCUACCCAUCUCGCCGUCGCUCUCUGGUAGACGACGCCCGUUUCGAGACCAUCGUUGUCAAGCAGACCAAACAAACCGUUCUUGACGAGGCCCGGACAAAGGCCAACGAUUCUAGCUUGGAAAACUCCGUUCUACAGGCCCAAGAACAGCAUCCACAAGACGAACUUCCAUACGAACCGGAAGAGAACCUAUCCAGCAACGAUCAGGUGGACGAAAAUGACGCUGGCCUAACGGAGGAGGAAGUGGUCUUGCAAAAUGCCGCUUCCGAAUCGCCCGAGGCCGAGAAGGAGGUUGUUCGUGCCGCCGUGGUUGUUCAUCUCCGCGACGGCAUGGGCUCGCUGGGACGUAUCCUGAAGGCGGUUGAAACGUUCCACGGUACCGUCGCCCAUCUGGAGUCGCGCCAGUCGCGCAGCGAAGGUGUCCUGUUCGAUGUGCUCAUCAAGGUCGAUAUGGCCCGUGCCAAUCUGCUGCAGCUGAUCCGUUCGCUGCGGCAAACCUCAUCGUUCGGUAGCGUCAGUCUACUGUCGGAGAACAACGUUAACGUGAAGGCACCGUGGUUCCCGAAGCACGCGUCCGAACUGGACAACUGCAACCACCUGAUGACCAAGUACGAGCCAGAUCUGGACAUGAACCAUCCUGGCUUUGCGGAUCAGGUGUACCGUGCCCGCCGGAAGGAGAUCGCCGAAAUUGCCUUCAGCUACAAAUUCGGAGAUCCCAUUCCCCACAUCGACUAUACCGAAACCGAGAACAAGACCUGGUCGGCGGUGUUCAGCCGCGUCAAGGAACUGAUGCAGAAGCACGCCUGCAGCGAGUACAUUGCCGUAUUCAAGAAACUAGAGGAAGAAAAGAUCUUCGUCAAUCACCGCAUCCCACAGCUGCAGGAGAUGAGCGAUUUCCUGCGCAAGAACACCGGAUUCACGCUGCGUCCGGCCGCCGGACUGCUGACCGCUCGGGACUUCCUGGCUUCGUUGGCCUUCCGCAUUUUUCAGAGUACGCAGUACGUGCGACACAUCAACUCGCCAUACCACACACCGGAACCUGAUUGCAUCCAUGAACUGCUUGGCCACAUGCCACUGCUGGCCGAUCCUAGCUUUGCUCAAUUCUCACAGGAAAUCGGAUUAGCCUCGCUGGGAGCAUCGGAUGAAGAAAUUGAAAAGCUUUCCACGGUUUACUGGUUCACCGUCGAGUUCGGUCUGUGCAAGGAGAAGGAAGAGGUUAAGGCGUACGGUGCUGGUCUGCUCUCCGCAUACGGAGAACUGUUGCACGCCAUCAGCGACAAACCCGAACACCGUCCAUUCGACCCGGCCAGCACAGCCGUUCAGCCAUACCAGGAUCAGGAAUAUCAGCCUAUAUAUUACGUGGCCGAAAGCUUCGAAGAUGCCAAGGACAAGUUCAGACGCUGGGUCUCUACGAUGUCCCGUCCGUUCGAAGUCCGUUUCAACCCACACACCGAGCGCGUUGAAGUUCUUGACUCUGUUGAUAAGCUCGAAACCCUCGUAUCACAGCUCAACACCGAACUCCUGCAUCUGACGAACGCGAUCGCUAAAUUGCGACAGCCGUUCUGCUAAGUUCCAACCGAAGGUAGCUUCCAACCAGGCAGGGCGCCUACGGACUCCACGCCAGAUCCGUUAGCGUUCCUAAGUAUCGUUACGAUCUAGGACCAACAACAACAAACUACGUCUUCGCUACGUUAGUCAACUACGAUCGACAAUAUUCGCAACUUUUAAUUGCACCAUCCAAACCGGGUGGAUCCGCUGCAAAACAAUUAACAGUAUUGCUAUAUGUUCACCCAUCCUGGGACGCCAGGAUGUUUGCACCUCCGAUUCCUACAGUAGAUACUUCAUCAACCUCGAAGCGGCUAACGUUCAUAUUUUCCGGAGAAUAUGAACGUCCCCACCACAGCAGGAGCAUUCCCCCUAGAUCGUUUCAGAUCGUCGAAACACUUCCAGGCCAAACUUUUGGAAAUCGAACAAAAUUUCGCGUUCUGAAUGUGUCAAAAGCAGCGAAAUUGUAGCCAGAGUUUAUUUUUGUUUCCAAACGCCAAAUUAAGAGUCCUAAGCCCCUGCUACAUCCCACCCCUCUUUGCAAAGUGUCCCUAUUGUACAUCGUUCAUUGUAGAGUAGGAAUAUUGUUUGUUUAGGAAGCCUAUCUUUUAUUUAAAGAUCCUAACUUAAGUAUUAUUUACUAUUUAAACUAGGGUAAAACUUAAAUUAUUCCACUUCAACUUUUUUUUCUUGAGCUAGAACGUGUUGCAGCUUUUUUUCUCUGAUCGGUUAGGGCACCCUAUAUAGACGGCAGGGAACCGAACCGAGUUUCUCGACUAGUAGGACAGAUUCUGGCUACUACGGAAUUCUUCUACGUACGCGAAAGAGUGACUGCUUUUGUGAAUCCCAACACGACCGGAGAGACGAUUAGUAAUCAGUUUCGUUGCUUUCCUACCAAAGAGCGAUUCGGAUUUAGGUUUUCCCCCCCCCCCCACUAAAAAAUAAAAAAAGAUAUCGGCAGCAGCAAAACUAAGCAGAAAUGAACGCUUCGAAGGCGGUAAAACAAAAAUUAGGCAGCCUGCUGCGACCAAAAUUCCUCGAUCAACUUUUAUGUCUUCUUAGUUUUUGUAUUUUUUUUAUUAUGUCAAAAGCAUAUAUUUAUUUUUUUUAUACAACUAUGCACCCGCGCAAAUAUGCGAACAAGCAAAAUUUAAGACGAAAGUGUAAUGUACAGUUUAGGAAAAACAAAUCACUGAUUAAAAUUCACGUUUAAAACAAAGGAAUCAUACAUUGCUUUCUUACUAUCGGCAUAUAAACUAAACACUGCAAAUAUAUAGUAGGUGUCUAAGCUACUUUAGCAUUAGAGAGCAACAUUCUAUACAACAGAAAAACGUAUGUGUCUGCGAUAUUGAAUAAGAUUUUAAGAAGAGCGUUAUUUUAUCCUUGACGAUUGAUUGUAAGUAUGCCAGCAAGCAAACAAAGCGAAUGACGACUAUUGAUGAUGCAAAAUCUAAAUGAACGAGUUAAAUGAUCAGUGUACAUAAAAACAAGUAUUCCCAUAACUAUUGCCCGCUUACCACAUCUGUGUAGCAAACAAACAUAAAAAGAUACUAAUAACAGCAACAACACUACAACUUUUUCGGAUGAUCUCCGCUUUCCUGCAUGCUACUGCAUCCUUGCAGCACGGGAAAGCAAGCCAAACUACAAAACUACCAGUCCGUUUCAGUAUUCCAAAUCUUGCGAACGUAAGAAAAUUGUUCUGCCAUUUCAUGUUUCGAUACUCAAUAACCGUUCAAAUAAUGUUACAGUUACAGAAGAAGAAGAAGAAGAAAAAAUGUAGACGAUAAAUACACAGGGUGGAAUAAGCUUGAACGAGCCGAAAUAUUUACGCUGAUUGUUGAGCCAUUGUACGAGAAACAAUUGAGUAAUAUAGUUCCAAAAAGUA